AUGCGGAAGAGCGUACUAGAAGAUUUUGUGUACAUGUCUGAGGCACAUGUACACGUGGAUGAAGUUAACCGACAGAUUAAAAGAGAUUGUCAGUCAAGAACCUUGCUCGCUGGUGAAAACAGCUUUUCAUUGUGUCCAACAUACCAGGAACUUGACAGGGAUGAAAGGCGAACGCCAAUUGACAUACUUCAAACCAGGUGUUACUGCGAUCGCUGUGCCAUGCGCCGUAGGAGGCGUUAUCAGUAUAAAUGUACACCCGUCUUCCGGUACAUACCUGUCCUAAUGAAGGUAGGCUGCACAAAUAGCAUAUAUGAUUACAUGGUAGCUGAGCAGAAGGUUUCGGUUGCAUGUGUUUGUUCGGAGAAACUUAAAUCGAAGUUUAAUCGAAGAACUGAAAUAUCUACUAAACAAAGAAUCGAACAUGAUGUGACUAGAAAUUCUAACACAGAAAAUAAAGCUACGCAUUACAAAAGGAUUAGACAACCACGGCCUGUACAGAUUGACUCUGACGUGGAGGCGACGCCUCAUGCGUUUGAAUCAACAGAUACCAUCGACUUUGCUCAAAACGGAACCAAUGACGGCGAAGUGCAAAGGCAUCAUACAGAAGGAAGUCUGCUGGAAACAGAGAAAAUGGCGCGUACUUUUGUGUCAACAGACGACAAUAUUGAUUCGUCUGAAGAAAUACAGACGGAAAUACAUGUUCCCGAAACUGAGAAAAUGCCAGUUGACUUUGAGUCAAUGGAGGGUAUAGCUGAAUCCGUUGAAACAGUUUCAACAAGGACAAACCAUCAUGGAUUGACGUCACAUCCGACAGAGAGAAAAUCUCAAGAUUUCAAAUCUACAAAUGCAGAGCCCCAGAACGUUUUUCCUCCUGUUGAUCCGGAAAUGUCAUCUGUCUAUGACGAUAUACAAGGAUAUGAUACGAGUAUUGAGCGAAUGCCGAAAUAA